CGGAGGCCGGUGAGGGACCAGGCCGAGCGGCGGGUCUUAAACGAGAGGUGCACCUCGGAGAGGAGGAGAGCGGGCCAGCCUGGGAUCCCACCUGAGCGCACUGCACAGUCGCAGGAAACCCCCCGGGGCGCCUGGCCGCACCGUCCCUCCCUCAGCUGACUCGCGGGGGGGCCCUCCACCACAGCAUCCACACUGCCCCCCGGGGAAAGAGGAUUAUUUCCCUUUGCAGCUCCCAAAACUUUGCGGGAUCCUCCGAAGAAGCGAGGAGCGGAUGGCGAGACGCAGACGCCCCACGCCGCCCCCCGGCGCCGCCGCCCCUGCCCUCCUGGUCCUGGGGCUCCUUCUCCUGGCCCUCGGCUCCGCCUCUGCCGAGGAGUAUGACUACUACAGCUGGCAGUCGGAUAACUUCCACACGGGUGGCGCCGGCGGCGUGGCGGGCGGCGGACGCUUCUACGCGCGCCGGCCGCAGUGCGUGGACAUUCCCGCCGACCUGCGCCUCUGCCACAGCGUGGGCUACAAGCGCAUGCGGCUGCCCAACCUGCUGGAGCACGAGAGCAUGCCCGAGGUGCGGCAGCAGGCCGGCAGCUGGGUGCCCCUGCUGGCCAAGCGCUGCCACGGCGACACGCAGGUCUUCCUGUGCUCGCUGUUCGCGCCCGUCUGCCUGGACCGGCCCAUCUACCCAUGCCGCUCGCUCUGCGAGGCCGUGCGCGACAGCUGCGCCCCCGUCAUGGAGACCUACGGCUUCCCCUGGCCCGAGAUGCUCCGCUGUGACAAGUUCCCCAUCGAUAACGACCUCUGCAUCCCCAUGCAGUUCAGCGCAACGCAAACACCAGCCUCCAAAGCAUGCCCGCCUUGUGACAACGAGAUGAAAGCUGAUGCCAUCAUGGAACACUUCUGUGCCAGUGAUUUUGCUCUGAAGAUGAAGAUAAAGGAGGUGAAGCGAGAGAAGGGCGACCGGAAGCUAGUGGCAGCGCAGAAGAAGAAGAAGGUGCUGAAGAUGGGGGUCCUGCGCAAGCGGGACCUGAAGCGGCUGGUGCUGCACCUGAAGAACGGCGCCGACUGCCCGUGUGCGCAGCUGGACAGCCUGGCGGGCAGCUUCCUCAUCAUGGGUCGCCGUGCCGACCAGCAGCUGCUGCUCACCGCCAUCCACAAGUGGGACAAGCGCAGCCGUGAGCUGCGCUUCGCCGUCAAGCACAUGAAGUCACACCAGUGCCCCACCUACCACAGCGUCUUCCAGUGACGCGCCCCCCCCCCUGCAGGACACACAGGCACAGACACGCACACACACACGAAUCCCGCCGAGAAACCCAGCAUCUUUCAUUUCGGAUGCUCGGAAGGUGCUCCCAACAGAGGAGGAAUUCACACCAUCAUUGUGAGCCCAGUGUGCCCAUCCCACCGCCCGGGACUCUCUCUCAUAUAAACAUAAAUGUAGGCAAUCUCGCAUAAUCAUCAAACUAACAUAUCGUCGUUUACUCGUGUUUCAGUCCUCGGGGGCCCUAGGACAGUCCACAUCUUUGUUCCUUCCGAGCUUCCAACACGCCUCUACCAGGCAUUCUGUGUUAUUGAUUGUUUGGUUCAGGUGUGGGAACAGGGAGGGAGCAAAAAUGUGGACCGUCUCGGGUACCCCGAGGACUGGACUGAGAAACACCGGUUUACUCAAUACGUGCGAUCUUACAGCAAAAUGAGGCUUUAGGAUGUGUUGUCGUGGGGGCCGACCUGUAAAGUAUGGGUUGGUUUAAAGGUGGAUUUGGGCAAAGGCUAUUAAAACGGUGACAGAGUGACAAGAGAGGUUGCAUCUGGGAAGAUUGUUUCUAAUGACAAAGAGAAAUAAGUAACUGUUCUGUUGUUGUAAUAUAUAUAUAUAUAUAUACACACCCAAAGACGACAGACUGCUAUGUUGAAAACCAGGUGAGGUUGAUUAGGAGGUGCUGAAGUAUUGUUCAGAAACCCUACAGCUGCAAUGACUGUCGUUUAGUGCUGCACCUUCUGCUGGCCAGCGAAGGAACUGCAAGCCACUUUUGGCCUGGGACCAGAAGAUACGGAGUGUGGCCAUCCAGUGCUUACUGAGAUUAUGUUCUUUUGUACACAGCCAUUAUCAUUUCAGCUUCUGUUGUGUUUGUUUUUUUUUUUUAACUACCAUUUGCUGUCUGUGAAAUCAAAAGGGAAAUUGACUAGAUUAGCAACUGUUGCUGUAACAAAAUGCUAAUUCCCGCCUUUGUAAUUGUUUUAAAAAUCAGAAAACUUGUACUAAGAAUCUGUUACCAACCUUUUACAAUUGUAAAAAAAUAAUAAAAUAUACAUGAGAUUUUUAUACAGAA